AUUUAUACAGUGGUGAGCUCCAACUCACACGUGUCACGCGUGCGAAGUGAAUUGGUGAGUAAAGCGUGGGAGUGGUGGGAAAGGCAAUUGAUGGCGUUAAUGCGUAGUGGCGUUGUAUCUGAGUUUUUCUGGUCAUGGUGGGGUCUACAGGCGGACAGCUAUUACUGAUUCUACUUCCGUCCCCACAGACCCUUUCAAGCUCUCAUUCAUGGCUUCUUCUUCUUAUUCUUCACACUCUCUCAGCUAUAUUUCAUUACCCUGUAACCUUCACCGUUUUUUUCUUCUUGUUUUCUUUCUUACUCCACAUUCACUCGUUUCAAAGUCUAUUACUUUCUAACCACUCCUUUCUUUUGCUCUCUUGUGUCUUUGCACCAUUUGGUCAUAGUGGGUUUGAAUCUUUUUUCCUUUUUAUGGUUUCGUUAUUUGGGAGCUACUUAAGUCAAGGCAUGAGAAAAAGGGUAUCUUUAAGACUCAGUCACAGUAUCAUUUGCUUACAAGUGUUUCUGCUGUCCUUCUUUUACAUUGAAUUAUGUUCCAGCCAUAUAGAAUAUAGCAACCAUCCAUCAUUGGCAAAUCAUCGAAAAGAUGAUAUGUUGCCGGAGAUCUCCCCCAGUGGAGCUCCUCAGCCCUUUCUUCCUCUUCUUGCACCAUCACCUUUGGCACCGUUCACUAAUACCUCUUCCCCAAAAUUAUCAGGGCUCUGUUUGUUGAACUUUACAGCUGCUGAGAAUAUGAUGAGUACAACUUCAAUAGAUUGCUGGUCUGUUUUCGCACCAUUGCUGGCUAAUGUGAUUUGUUGCCCACAGCUGGAAGCCACUCUUGCAAUUCUUAUUGGCCAGUCGAGCAAGGAUACCAAUUUGCUUGCUUUGAAUGGGACCAUUGCUAAACACUGCUUGUCAGAUAUCGAGCAGAUUUUAGUUGGCCAGGGUGCAAAUGACAGUCUUAAGCAGAUAUGCUCAAUCCAUUCAUCAAAUCUUACUGCAGCGUCCUGCCCAGUCAAAGACGUUAAUGAGUUUGAGAGUACUGUGGAUACUUCUCAGUUGCUUGCUGCUUGUGAGAAAAUUGAUCCUGUUAGAGAAUGCUGUGAUCAAGUUUGUCAGAAUGCGAUAUCAGAAGCUGCUACAAAAAUUUCGUUGAAAGCUUCUGAUCUUUUGAGCAUGGGUGGCUCUAAUGUGUUACCUGCACACUCAGCAAAGGUCAGUGAUUGUAAAAGUAUUGUGCUCCGGUGGCUGGCAAGUAAACUCUCUCCUACUCAUGCUAAGGAAGUUCUUAGGGGUCUGUCUAAUUGCAAUGUUAACAAAGUUUGUCCUCUGGUGUUCCCUGACAUGAAGCAUGUUGCAAAGGGAUGUGGGAAUGAGAUAAGUAACCAGACGGCAUGCUGCACUGCCAUGGAAAGCUAUGUGUCCCACUUGCAAAAGCAGAGUUUCAUAACCAACUUGCAAGCUUUAGACUGUGCAACAUCAUUGGGAAUGAAGCUGAGAAGGUCAAAUAUUACAAGUGAUGUAUAUGGGCUUUGUCAUAUAAGCCUUAAGGAUUUUUCCCUUCAAGUGGGAAAUCAAGAGGUUGGAUGUCUUUUGCCAAGUAAGCCGUCCGAUGCUACAUUUGACAUGUCAUCUGGAAUCAGCUUUCUUUGUGAUCUUAACGAUAAUAUUCCCGCACCCUGGCCCAAUACAUCUCAAUUUUCAGCCUCUUCGUGCAAGAGAAAUGUGAAGAUUCCUGCACUUCCUGCAGCCACAUCUGCGCAAAUUGGCCUUCACGUUGACAACAUGGUUCCUAUUUCAUUGGUUGCAUCCUCGAUGCUCCUACUGAAGAAGCUCUUGUAAGAGUGUCUAACAGGCAAACCAUGUCAGAAAAACACAAGAAAUUAAAAUUGGACGAGUUGCCAAACAAGUCUCGUCGAUUAUGGAAGUCAGCCCAGCCUAGUGAAGGAAGGGAGUGACCUUUUUUGUACCAAGGAGAGAAACACCGGUGCCUGAAUGCGUCGUGUUCUAAUAUUGAUUAAUGAUUAAUGAUUCUUGCUUAUUGCUUUGCUUUCUUGGUUUGUAUAAUUAUAAUAAUUUUCUUGUAAAGGAAUAUUAGGAAGGAUAAGAAAUGCUAUAGAUUUGUAACUACCACGAAGAUUAUACAUAUGUAGCAUGUAAAAAGUUUACAAUGCAAUUGCUCCCCAAAUAUAUAUUUAUAUUAAGAGUUUUAUCAGAA